AUGUCCCAUCUCAGACGCACCACGCGGAGUACCACCGUCUCCGCGGCCCCGGAUUCUACAGGCCAUAACGCCGAACCCCGGAUUGUCACCGACCCUAGCCAUAGGAUGUCCGAGUCCGAGUCCCACCUUCCCCGAGUAUCAUCGGCAGUGAGAAUAUUCCAAGCUAAGCAUUUGACACAGGAAUAUCCCGCUUUUGGUGAACAAUUGCUCCCGCAGCUCAGCCCAGCGUCGCCAAACUUGCGCACCCCAACAGCCUGGGCAUCCGACAUCGUGCCGGAUAUCCAGCGCGCGCAGGAACCCAGCCACUUCCUAACAUCCCAUCUUCUCCCCGACAUCAUCACUCCCGACGCCAUUCUCGAAGCCUGCACGAAUCCCGAUUACGAACUCCACGCUCCCCGCCUCGAGGCGCGCUCCAUCCUGUCCCGGCCGACGUCCCCCAGCAGAGAUGCCCAUAGCAUCAACUCCGGCUUCUCCCCGCAGUCCGCUAGCGCGCUUGAGAUCACGGACGAGCAUCACAAAUACAUGCAAGCCCGCAUCUCCGAGGUGAGCGACUUUGUCCUGCCCUCGCGCCACGCCAUGGCCGGGUACGUCAACCGGUACUUCAACAACUUCAACAAGCACCAGCCCUUGCUGCACGGGCACACCUGGUCGCCGAGCGAGGCUCCCGUCCCGCUCGUGCUCGCCGUGUGCGCCAACGGAUCGGCGUAUAGUUUGGAACACGCCGAGGCGGUGGAAUUCUACCGCCACGCCGUCAAGCUGCUGGCGCCGGCGGACUCGGGGCUUUGGGUGCUGCAGACCAUGAUGCUCGUGGCGGCGUUUGCGGCGUGGAGCGGGAAUUUGGAGGAUUUGCAGACGGCGCUGCAGCUCCAGGAGGAUGACGCUGGAGCUUCGCAAGGAGUGGAAUUUGCUAAAGGAUCCUGCGUUUGCCGCGACUUGGGGGAUGGCUGGAGGAAGAAAUUCGAAAGAGACAUCCCCUCCUCCGUAUCCCUCGAACCCAUCCACGGCCUCCUCCCACGAGAAGCAGUGGGCCGCCUCCACCGAGCAGGAAUGGCUCCAAGUCACGCAAACCCUCUCGCCUCGCACGUGGCGAUCCGCGCCCGCCGUCGUCGACAGGCUCUUCGACCCGACGCAACCCGUGCCCGACAACAUCGGCAUGUUUGGCUGCCACGUCGUCAUCUCCUCCAUCCUGCAAAGAUCAUCUUUUUCCGAAAAGCCCAAUCCGCCACCACGAACGCUAGUCUCGACGACUCCCGCCGCGGCUUCAUCCAGGCCCUGCGCCGCUGGCAAAUCAUGUGGGAAAACGAACCCGAAUCCUCCCUCUCGCCGGACCACCCCGAGGGCCCCAUCCUCUUCAACUCCACCGCCAUGCUGCGCCUCGCCUACGUCCGCCUCGUGGCCGACUACGCCCCCUUACGCAACGCCUUUAGCUUCUCGUCCCCCGAUGCCGACUUCCCGCUAGAAUCGCGCAUACCCGAGCGUCUCCCUCGCUCUGCCGAGACCGCAAGGGCGGCGCUGCAGGCCGUGCUGGCACUCAACGUCCCCGCGCGGCUCGGGUUCCGCGUGGUUUCGCGCACAAGCUUCUGGGUGUGGAGCGUGCAGCACGCGUUGAGCUAUUUUGAGUGCGCGUUGCUCUUGUCGCAGUGGCUGCAGUCCGUGGAACACGCCGAGGCCGGCUUGUCGGAGGAAGAGAUGGGGAUCCGGCGCAUGGUCGAGGAGAUUUUGCAGUUUUCGAAGCCGCGGCUGGUCGCGUCGAGCGGACAGCAGGAUACCGCGGGCGAGCUGCCGCUUUCCGUGGCGGUGCUGUUGUUGUGGGCGGAACUGUUGGAUACGGGGGACACCACGGUUUGGAAGAUUAUGCCCAUCAUGUCCAAAGUGUUGGAGAAUUACGCCAACAUGCUCUUAAGCGGGCGUGAUAAUAAACGUUAA